AUGGCUAUGCCUGAAAAUUUCAUGAUGUACACCGCAGAGAACGGCUCAAUUUUAAUUGAAAAUAAGCUUUCGGAAAUCUCUGUAUUUGCUUACAACAACUUGCCGGACUGGGGAUUCUCGCACCGUUUAGGGCAUGUGCUAAAGAACAAACGAGGUGUUUCACUCUUCACGUUCGGAUGUUUCACUCUUCACUCUGGAAACGCUCGUUAUGUAAAAUUUACGGCCUACUCAAUCAAAUUCUCGAGAAAUCAACGUGGAGUCGCAUAUGUGAAUGACGAAGCUGGUGUCCGUACUUGUUGGGAAUACAAGUCAUUCGAGGAACUGAUCUCGGAAAGAGAUGAUAAGUGGGAAAAGAUUGAUCGGCCUCAAGUAAUCAUGCAGAGACCUUGCGGCUGUGGGGCUUCGUCGUGCUUCCAUCAUAUGUCAUCCAGAGAUAUGUGGAAUUCCAAGUAUAAAGAAGAAGAAAACAUCCGGUAAAUUUUCGAGUACAUUUAAAAUAAUCGUAUAAGUUAUGGCUCUUUAUCGAUGACAUUGACAUGUCCCUUUCUAAUAAUUAUGCAGCAUCGAGAGAAACGGCCUGAGAUUCUAUUCUGAAACAAGCGAGUUGAGUCUGAAUCUCGAUUUGGAAACAUAUAUCACCUGAGUUCAACACUCCGACACGUCGGCGAGCAAGCAUAUCGGGUCAUAUCUACCGAUAUCUACGUCGAAAGCUGGCAUUAUCGAUUCAACCAGAGCGUCCUUUUCAACGAUAAAUCACUUCAAGUGAAGUUUCAUACACAGACGGCUCGUUUAGAUAGUAAUGGAAAAUUGUCGCUGAGCGACCAUUAAGUCGGGGGAAGGAGGGGGUUGACGCUUGCAUUACUCGAAGUAGACUGAUAGCAAAAUUGAAAAUUCUCUUGUUAAAAAUCUUUUAGGAUUGAUUUUCUAAAGUAUCACUGUAUAAAAAACUAUUUAUUCCCCCGUCGUACCUAAGCGUUCCUUAUUCCUCUUGGUUAUUCAUUGAGGCUGCAUUUUCUGCAAUAUUCUGCAAAAUUAAUUCUCUGUGAUAACAUGUUAUCGACUUUCAAUAUAUAAACGACAAUUCAAAAAUAAAUUGUUUUUU